GAGUGUUUUACUGCAGUCACAGAUCACAGCCAUGUGAUGCGCGGGGUGUGACUCAAACUUGCGUGGCCCGUGACAUUAGUGAGUCUGGAAACUGACCAAAGGGGCUUCGCAACAUUUUUCAGCCCUGUAAAUGUAUCAGACACAGCUGUGGAGAGGUCUGGAAUGUCAUUAUGGAGCAGAACAGCCUUCAAGAUCUGAAUAAAAAUUACACAGUGCCAGUACAGAACGACCAGGAAGAUUAUGGAUAUGGAUAUGAAUACUAUUCGGAUCUGUCCAACUUCCUCAUUGAGAAAAAGAUUGGUCGUGGUCAGUUCAGCGAGGUUUAUAGAGCCACGUGUCUACUGAACAACCGGCAAGUGGCCCUAAAGAAAGUACAGAUCUUUGAAAUGAUGGAUGCCAAAGCCCGGCAGGACUGCAUUAAAGAGAUCGACUUGUUAAAGCAACUGAACCAUCCAAAUGUUAUAAAGUAUCUGGCCUCAUUUAUUGAAGACAACGAGCUUAAUAUCGUUCUGGAGUUAGCAGGUGCUGGUGACCUGUCCCAGAUGAUUACGUAUUUUAAGAAGAAGCGGAGGUUGAUUCCUGAACGAACGAUAUGGAAGUAUUUUGUGCAGCUCUGCAGCGCGCUGGAACACAUGCACUCCCGCAGGGUCAUGCAUCGAGAUAUAAAACCAGCCAACGUCUUCAUCACAGCUACUGGAGAGGUCAAACUGGGUGACCUUGGACUAGGCCGAUACUUUAGCUCCAAAACCACUGCUGCACACUCUCUUGUUGGAACUCCAUAUUACAUGUCUCCCGAGAGGAUUCAUGAAAACGGAUACAACUUCAAAUCAGACAUCUGGUCCCUGGGCUGCUUGCUGUAUGAGAUGGCAGCUCUACACAGCCCCUUCUACAGCGACAAGAUGAACCUGCUCUCAUUGUGCCAAAAGAUUGAACAGUGUGAUUACCCACCUCUCCCAUCAGAGCAUUACUCACAGAAGUUCAGAGAUCUGGUCAGCAUGUGUAUCAACCCAGAUCCCGACCAGCGGCCCGACAUCAGCUUCGUCCUGCAGUUCGCCACACAGAUGGAACGGUGGACGGCCAGCACCUGAUACAAGCGCACACACACCUGAAGCCAGGAGAACCAUUGUGCAAACCUGUGAUCUCUGCUCUCUCAAUCAAACUGAUCAAGCUAUAGAAAUGAGUAAAGAGAGAAUGCCAACAGUGUCUAUACAGUUUCAAGCUGAGCAUUUCUCUAGAUUUGUAUUGAAAGGAAUGCCGCUAUAUAUUGUUGCGCCUUCACAGUGCUGUAUGCUGAUUGGUUUAGAGAAAGUUGGUUAGGUCAGGUGACCCAGUGCCUCAUGUUGAUUGUCAAAGCAAGGUGGUUCUGUUUAUACAUACAUUUUCUGUAGGCCUAUAUUCAUAACAACAUAUAAAGAGCCUCACAGUUGAGUUACUUAUCGCUCUUUGUUUUUCUGAUACACGCAUACAUACACACACAACUGUUUAGUGUUUUCCAAGGAAACUCUCGUUAGCGAGAUCUUGUUCUCUGGUCAAAUAUCUACCAUGUGAAAGUAUUCAUUAUAUUCAUUGUUCCAAAGAGAUGUUAUUUUUAAGGAAUUUGGAAACAUUUCCUCAUGUUAAAAUGUGUAAUUAACAAUAAAAUGUAACUAAACAUUG